AUUUAUUCACAUCGUCGUCACUCUCAGGUUGUAUAUCUCGUAAACCAAGAGAGCACCAGUACAGUCACUAUGCAUCAUACAGCGUGGACAUCGGAUCGCAUCCCGCCUUCAAGACCGAAGCAGUCCUCACAGGCGCAAGGCAAGGGAAAACAGAAGGCACAAGAAACCCCAAAGAGCAAGGAGGUGCGCAGGCUCGAGGAGCUGAGGGAUGGACUGCGGUACACGACUGGCCGCGAGCGAGAUCCCAAGGGUGGGUGUUUCUGUCAGGCUCGUAUGCAUACGCUGUCUCCGCAUACACCAGUGUGCCGUAACUGCGGCCUCAUACUGUGCGAGCUGCAGCAGCCUCGCUACGCGUGUCCCCACUGUGUCUCCCCGCUCAUCAGUCCCGAGGCCCGCGCCGCACUCGAGGCGCGCCUAGAGACACAGAUCACAGAUACGCUGGCCAAGGAGGAGGAGGAGAGGCAACGCGCCAUCGAACAAGCCCGCGCGGCCGCAGGAGCCUUCCCCACACUCGCCACCGGUGCGUCUGGGCUACCGUCGUCGGCCUCCGACGCCCUCGCAUCGCACCCCGCAAAUCAAACGCACAAGGUGCUGUCGCUCAACUCGAAGACUAAGAAGGUCACCGUGGCGUCGUAUCAUGCGUCCCCGGUCAUCUCGCGGUCUGCAUCGCGCGAGAGCAGCUUGAAGGACGAGGCGCAGCCCGAAUCUAAGCGCGUUCCGCCUCCGCCGUCGGAGGUCCCGCAUGCGAAAGAGAACCGCGAUCCACAUCGACCGUGGGCGAAUCUCAGAGGAGGGUCCGUGACAUAUGUUCCACCGCCAAAAGCGACCGCGGGCGGUUCGGCGGGUGGUCAACGGAGAAAGAAAGGAAAGGGCGGUAGGGAUACGGAGAAAGGGAAGGAAACCGAAACUUGAUUGUUCUAGAUGUGCUUCCACAGCCUUCGUGUAAAAUCCGUGUGGGUUCUUGUUUAUAUGCUGUGUUCAUGAGACGCUUUAUCGAUGUGUACAGCAGAUUCGGAAAACCUUGUCCGACGCGCCCCCGCGCGUGAGAAAAUUCAAAUAAAUCAAGAAAAUCACGAAAAUGCGGAAAAGUCUAGGAAUCGCGAUACACGUACCGUAGCCACUGCAGAACACCGUGUACACCCUGUUACAGGUUCGGGGCGCAUGCGGCAUGUCUGUCGAAGGCAAGUCGAGGGUAUUUUUGAAGGUUGUGCAAUGGUCGACGUGGCGGGCGCUAAAGCCGACUCCCCAGGGAGCAUCCACUGCAAAAUGCAGCUGUGGGUGUCAUCGGGUGCUCGAUUUGCAUGCGUACGGAGUACAGCUGUACUGAUGUAGUUCUCAAUGUAACAGAGGCAGUAGCUUGUGGGACAAUGAUAACCAGGAGGACUCGCCGCCUGGCGCUCAGCCUCAG